AUGGCCGACGUUAAUGUAGAACAUGGACACCAAAAAGCUUCGAAUGGCAAGCAACUUCUCAAAAAGGACGACUUAUACUUCAACGACAUGGAUAUACGAGCAUGGGAACGAAGGACGGCAGCACUCGGUGGCGCGUCCAGCAGGAACGAUCGCGGUUACCAGGAAGACGAGGGCUACCAUGACGAUUCUGGAGGACCCAUGUCUGCAGCUGAAUACGAAGAAUUGCUCUUUCAACGCGUUCUCGAUAAGAUCCGACUUGCGAGAGCAGCAGAUGUCCCCGACGUGCAACUCACCCCAGAGGAGCUGGAUGCGUACCGGUCGAAGCUUCAUGGCACAACGUCGACAGCAGCCCCUCCGCCACGUAGCUCUCGCUCAUCCCCUCCCAAAGAUACCAUGAGUGUGGCGAACACCAGCACAACCACCAAGAAGGGUUCAAGCAGUAACACACGAAGUAAGAAGGAGCACCAGAGAUCUUCAUUGUUUUCAUCGAAGUCCAAGAAAGAGAAAGCGAAGCCCAGUGGCCGUAAACGCGCUCCUUCGAACCUAUCCAGCGCUCCCCCACCCGGCUUCAUGAUCCCUGGUCCAGAUGGACAGUUAAUCUACACACCCAUCAGUGCUUACCAGGGCAGUAUGGCACGCGACCCAGGAACACUACCUCAACCGACGCCUCCAAUAGUCUCAAGUAGCGAGCAGCCUGCUCCCGCACGUCGUGCUCUGUCAGACAUGCCCGGAGCCUUCCCCGGCGCCCUUCCUAUCUCUCCACACUUAUACCGCCCCACUACCCCCUUGGAAGAAACCCACCCUUCGUCACGAGAUCUGGCGCCCGCCUUCAACGGCCUGGGCAUCAGUACGCAACCCAGCUCAAAGCGCUCUUCAAAGUCCUCAAAACUUGAAACUACGCCCGUGGAACCCUACCAGUACCACAACUUCAGCUCUUCAUCGUCUGCGCAGUCCAGUCCAAAACCCAAAUACACCCGCAGAGUGUCGAGCGCGGAGAGCAGCUAUACCGCUAUGCCGCGUCGGGUGCCUGUGCCGCCACCUCGUCCGCCGAUGCAGCAUAACUACUUGGAUGCAAGUCUUGGCCCACAGACCGUGGGCAUGAGAGCCGAGCGAUUCGCUGGUGUCGGUGACGAGGAUGUCAUGAUGGCAGACGUGGGUGCGCAGACUGACAGUGGGAAGUCGGUGAAGACCAGCGGGAAGCGUGAGUCUUGGAGUGCUGGGGUGAAAGAGGAGAAGAGGAGGAAGAGUGGGAAGGGGAAGAAGAAGGCCUGA